AUGGACGCCGUGUCGUCCAGGCCAUCUCGCAUCAACUAUCGUUCUUGGCAAACAGCAGAGGCGCAGGGCUUUACCGAUCUGUCGAGGCAUCCCGAGGUGUAUGGGGCUCCGUAUUGGCAGAUUUACCGGCCAGAUUAUCACUCCAUCCUAGUUGAGGCUGCCGCGAAAGCUGGCGCUGUCAUCCGCAAGGGUCAGACCGUGGUUGACUACAAGCCCGAGGAGGCCACAGUCGUCCUUGAGUCUGGAGAGACGCUUCGUGGCGAUCUGGUUAUUGCUGCCGAUGGAGUCAAGAGCUUGGCCAGGAAGGUGAUGGGGCUGAACAUCGAGCCUCACGAGACAGGCGACACGUGCUUCCGCGUUGUGGUGCCGAGAGAGAGGUUAACCAGUGAUCCGGAGCUGGCGUCGCUCAGCACCGACCCCAACUUUGAGCAGUUCCUCGGUCCCGACCAUCACAUUAUCGGAUACAACAUGCAAAAGGAGAAGACGUUCAAUCUACUGAUGGUCAUCCCUGACGACCGCAAGAUGAAGGGAUACAAGGCCCCUGCAACUGCUUCCGAGGUCAGAGAGGCCUACAAAGGAUGGUCUCCUAUGGUGCAGAAACUCCUUUCCUUCCUGCCCGAAGAGGUCGAGAAGUGGCGCCUGACUGAUCUCCCUACCAUCACGGACUGGGUGCAUCCCUCAGGGAAAAUGGUUCUCAUCGGCGACGCAUCCCACGCCACGCUUCCGUAUCUUGCGCAAGGCGCGGCAAUGGCGAUUGAAGAUGCCGUCGUGCUCGGAUCCGCGCUGUCUCACGUUAGCGCCAAGGAGGACAUUCACCGGCUGUUGCUCUUCUUUUACAAGACAAGAGUCGGUCGUGCACAUGCGAUUCAAAGGGGCAGCUUCACCAACAGGUUUUUCAUCCACAUGAGGGAGGAGGAGAUCCUCAAAAUGAGGCUUGGCGUGUUCAAGGCUGGCGACUAUCCCAGCAGCCCGAAUCUGAUGGGCAACACGGUGUUCCAGGACUGGCUGUACGGCUAUGAUGCCAAGGCUGACGCCAGCUUGCAAUGGGAGAAGGAGGUGCGAGCAAAUGGGUCGCGGCUGUAG